UUUCAGCCGGCUGCAGCUAAUGAGCCUUUGUGUGGCCAAAAAAGACAGCAAGAGACAGAGAAAGAGAAGAAGAGAGAGAGGCAGUUAAAAUGAGAUAGACUGUCAUCUUGCAACAAUAAAGCAUAUGCUACCGACAGUGCAGUCAGAACAGCAAAACUACCAGUCUGUCUCACACUCCUGCACCCUUUUUUCUCAUGCCCGUGGAGCUCAGGGGUCGUUGCAAGUCAGUGGACUGAAACAAAAUGGGACUCUCUUCAUUCAUCAUGUUUCACUUUUUUUGAAUAGCCACAUUUGUGACUGUGCUGCCGUACUGCUGUGAGAAGAGGUGAACGGAGUCACACUCAGCCAGUGGAUACAGGUGCAGAUGCGGCGGGCCAUGAGCGGAAUACUGAAGAGGAAAUUUGAGGAGGUGGAAGCCUCCUCCUCCCCGUGCUCUUCCGUGCGGGAAUCUGAUGAUGAGGUCUCCUACAGUGAGAGCGGGGAUAGCAGCGACAGUGUCAACCCCUCCGCUUCAGGCCCUUUCACCUCUAACUCAAUAUUGAAGAGGGAGAAGCGCUUGCGGACGAGAAGGGUGCAUUUUGAGAAUGUGACAGUGUACUACUUCAGCCGACGGCAGGGCUUCACCAGCGUGCCCAGCCAGGGAGGCAGCACACUGGGCAUGUCCAGCAGGCACAGCUGGAUCAGGCAGUACUCUGUGGGUGAAUUUGCCCUAGAGCAGAAGAGGAUCCACAGAGACAUGCUCAGAGACCACUUGAAGGAGGAGAAACUCAACUCAAUCAAACUCAAGCUGACUAAGAAUGGCACAGUGGAGUCUGAAGAGGCCAACGCACUCACAGCAGAGGACAUAUCUGAUGAUGACAUUGAUCUGGACAACACAGAAGUAGACGAGUACUUCUUCCUGCAGCCUCUUACCACUAAAAAGCGUCGGGCACUGCUGCGCUCCUCUGGGGUAAAGAAGAUUGAUGUGGAAGAAAAACAUGAACUUCGGGCUAUUCGCAUGUCCAGAGAAGACUGUGGCUGUGAUUGCAGGGUUUUCUGUGACCCUGAGACCUGCGCCUGCAGCAUUGCAGGGAUCAAAUGCCAGGUGGAUCGUAUGUCAUUUCCAUGUGGCUGCACAAAAGAAGGUUGCAGCAAUUCAACUGGAAGAGUGGAGUUCAAUCCCAUUCGCGUUCGAACGCAUUUCUUGCACACUAUAAUGAAACUCGAACUGGAGAAGAGUCGUGAGCAGCAGCAGCAGCCGUCCCCAACCAACGGGUACCACGGCGAAGCAAGCGACCUGGGAAGUGGAAACCCUUUUGCUCAAUCACAGCACAGGCUGGAGUACUCUCUGUCAGAUGCAGUUCCACAGGCGGCCAGCAUGCACCUUCAAGCUGCAGACGACAUGGAGGAGACACUAGAUGAGGAAGACGAGGAAGAAGAUGAAGAGGAUGAGGAGGAGGAAGAGGAAAACGACGAAGAUGAGGACGAUGAGGAGGACAGUAGCAGCGUUUGCAGCGGGCUGUCUGAUUCCAGCACACAAAGCUUGGCUAACAGCGACUCUGAGGACGAGGAGGGGGACGACGAUGAUGAAGAGAAGUCUGAGAAUUUUGAAGACGACAUGACGACACCGUCGGUUUCUCAUACCGAAGUUGUGCCCUUAUCCUCUGUGCUGUGUUACAGUGAUGGCUCUGUGGGACAUGACAACCACAUUAAUGGGAACACUUAUUUAAUGAACUCCUCUCCGGCUGAGUAUUAUCAGCUGGGGGGCACGAGCGCCGUCUCCAACGGCCAAACCAGCCAGCCUAGUGAACCUUAUGGGGAAAACUUGGCAUUCCAAGAUCCAGUUAGUACGACCAACGGCAACGUGGCCCAGAGACCUUUCAGCGUCACUGCUGAACAGUACACAGACUACUCUAAUCAUGCUGAAGAACAAUACGCAGUCAAUCACCAUUUUACUCUGAGCGGUGGUGCCCCUACCACCCCGCUGACCUGUUAUACACCUGACCCGAAGAAUAAAGUUUUGUCCAAAGCGGCGUUUGAGGACCAGGCAGAAAACGAGAACCAGGCUCCAUUUCAAAACUACCUGAACAAUAACAAUCAGAGUUCCUACAGCAGUCACAGCUCAUGUAUGACAACUGAGCAGCCACCACAAGAGUCAAGUCUCAACGGACAUUCUGACCUGACCUUACUAGCAAACAACACUAAGAACCUGCCUUUACCAGACCACUGCCCUGAGGUCACAGCCAUUUAGUGUGCCUCACCUUUUUAAUUAUUCUUUAAGUAGUAUUACGUCUUCAAGAGGGACAUAAUCAUGGCCUUUUUGGAUUAUCUGACCUUAAAUUUCAAAGCAAUUCACUGCGCCGUAAUGCUUUUUCAUCUGUAACUAUAAAGCCACAAGUUCAUUAUGUAAAAGGCUUUGAGGUGCUUUUCGCUGUCUCCAGUACAUUGUGUGCUUAACUGCAAAAUCGAACGUAUCAAAAAAACAUCAAAGCAUAAUUUAUGUCAUGCUGUGCAAUGUAUCCUGUAAUUUCAGAUGUAAAGUUCUAGUUUUAAGCAGAUAUUGUACUGUAGAUGGAACUUUUCUAUGUCUGCUAUAUGUGUCAAAUGUGCAAAAAAAGGCUUAUUGUCAAUUUAUUUAUUGUUUUUGAAGUAUGUGUAUACUUAUUGUAAAUGUUUUGAUAACAAUACGCAUGCCGUUUUCGGAAUCUCAGUGAUGUUUGGGAAAAAACGCCAUUGUUUUAUAUUUAAAAAAAAGAAAAAAAAGUGUUGUAUACAUAAUGUACAUUUUUCUUCUUGUUUUUGUCACAAUUAUAUGCUUUUCUAUGGUUUUGAAAAGCAUGAAAAAGCCUGAAAACUUAUUUGUAUGUUUGGAAUAUGAUAUCAAUAGAAAUGUCAAAAUCAAUUCACAGCCUUGUUGGGGCUGUGUUGGGGUCCAGUGGCAUGCAGUUGGUUUGAAAUGACGUCAGUUUUCUCCCCGCUGUUUACUCUUAGAAUAACACAAUUAGCAUGUGUCACUAUAAAAGAAGAUUUUUAAUGUGAAGACUUUUUUUUUUUUUAAAUACAGGGAUAUUAAUGAAGUCAUACUUUGACAUAUGUCCAAAAACUAUGAAAUAUUUAUCAGUAAAACAGAAUUAAUUUGAACAGUAACUGGUCUAGUGGACAAAAUAUGUCCUCUAGAAAUGUGCCAGUAAUGCUUAUGGGAUUUCAACAUUAUACUGUCUAACAACUUAGAUGUUUAUUUACGUAAAUCCCAUAAAGAUUUUAAUUUUUGUUUUGUACGAAUAAUGGUUUAAACAGAUUUUCUCUUCUACAGAAAAUCCUUAGUAAAAAUCAGCCGAUGGGGCAUUUCAUCACUUUAACAGUGCUUUAUAUUUGUAUUUUAAACAUUGUUUGUUUGGUUAACAAUAUACAGUUAUUAAAACUAUAAGGGGUAAACAUGUUCAAGGUUGACAAUCAAAACUUAUUUUCAAAUAGUACACAGUAGGGCUCCUGGGGUCCUGUAAGCCAUCAAAAAUGACAACCAGAUACGGAAAGAAUAUUUACCAGAAAUGUAUAAAUAACCUUUAAAAUCACAGACAAGAUGGAAAUUGAAGUGACUGCUCAACAAGUGGAGGACUGCAAUACUUCAGUAAACAGCGCUGCUGUAAUGCUGGUGUUACCUUGAGCUCCCUGCUCCUGCAUGAAUACUGAUAUUUGUCCCACUUCCAAUGCUGCAAAUAUCCGCAACAUCACUAUAAUCAGAAGACUCGGCGCAAGAGUUUGGGUGGUUUUGUGCGACACUUGAGUAGCUGGGACCUGUCAUGCCACGUGCCACAAAGGAAGUAUACAGACUGCUUUCAGGCAAUCGGUGGCAUCGGCAAAGCCAAUAGUUCUGAUUAACUGUGCCAAAGCAUACAGUGUGAGAAGGCUAAUACGAUGACAUCCAUGUGGGAAUCCUGUGUUUGGUUUUAUGUUCCAGUAUUUAUUACGAAUGAUAUAAUGAAAUGUGUAUUUAUUGUGGUUUAUUAAAAGUCUGUAUUGAGUAAAUUGCUUCUCUAUCUUAAAAAAAUGUCUUCUGUUUCAUGCUGGUUGUGAGUUGUAAAACAUCAUGUGCCUGAUUUAUUUAAUUCGAUUUCGUAUUCUGUGAAAUGCAUAUGUUUUGCACAAAAUGGUAAUUUUUCUUUUUCAUUGUGUUUGGUUUCAAACUGUAGAUAGACAACUUCAC